AUGGCGCUGGACGCGUACUAUCACAACAAGAUCGAGGCUAUGAAGCUCGAGAUCCUCAAGGGUCAAGCUGCACUUCGUCGCCUCGAGGCCCAGAGAAACGACUACAACUCCCGCGUACGAUUGUUGAGAGAAGAGCUGGGUCUGCUGCAACAGCCCGGAUCAUAUGUCGGCGAGGUUGUCAAGGUGAUGAGUACUAAGAAGGUUCUCGUCAAGGUGCACCCAGAGGGCAAAUAUGUCGUCGAUGUAUCGGAUAGCGUCGAUAUCGGAAAGCUCACACCCGGAAAACGAGUCACUCUUUUGUCUGACAGCUACAAACUCGAGAAGAUGCUUCCAUCUUCGGUCGACCCUCUCGUCUCCCUCAUGAUGGUGGAGAAGGUUCCAGACAGCACAUACGACAUGAUUGGUGGUCUGGACCAACAGAUCAAGGAGAUCAAGGAAGUUAUCGAGCUUGGUCUCAAGCACCCCGAGCUUUUCGAGUCGCUCGGUAUUGCACAGCCCAAGGGAGUUCUGCUCUACGGUCCUCCCGGUACCGGAAAGACACUGCUGGCACGAGCCGUCGCCCACCACACUGCCUGCAAGUUUAUUCGAGUGUCAGGUUCCGAGCUGGUACAAAAGUACAUUGGAGAGGGUAGCCGAAUGGUGCGAGAACUCUUCGUCAUGGCCCGAGAGCAUGCCCCCUCCAUCAUCUUCAUGGAUGAGAUUGACAGCAUUGGUUCUUCGCGAGUAGAGGGCUCUUCUGGAGGUGACUCAGAAGUGCAGCGAACCAUGCUUGAGCUGCUGAACCAGCUCGACGGCUUCGAGCCCACUAAGAACAUCAAGGUCAUCAUGGCCACCAACCGACUCGACAUUCUCGACCCCGCCCUCCUUCGACCAGGACGUAUCGACCGCAAGAUCGAGUUCCCCCCGCCUAGCGUUGAGGCUCGUGCCGACAUUCUCCGAAUCCACAGCCGCAAGAUGAACCUGACCCGUGGUAUCAACCUCACCAAGAUUGCUGAGAAGAUGAACGGUUGCUCUGGUGCUGAGCUCAAGGGUGUGUGUACGGAGGCUGGUAUGUACGCUCUCCGUGAGAGGAGAGUCCACGUCACGCAGGAGGACUUUGAGCUUGCCACAGCAAAGAUCCUCAACAAGCACGACGACAAGGAGGUGUCGCUGGGCAAGCUCUGGAAGUAA